GAAGUUUUUGAGCCCGGAGAGAAGAAACCAAAGCGUUGGGUAAAGGCGAGAGCAGCUCGGUGCACCCGAAGCGGUAAGGAGCCAACAGAGCCCCCAAUCCUCCCCAUCCAUCCUCCCGCGACCUCUCCGUGUUGGCCCCAAAUCGGGGCCGAAACCCAUUUUUGGGUAUGGGGGGGGCUGUAACCCAAUUUUUAGUGGGGGGGGGGGGGGCGUUUGGGAGAUGGGAGUCUCACCAAUGGCUUUGCCAACGUGCUUGGAGGACUUCCACUUGCACCCCCAUGGAGCUCACGACUGUGCCGUGCUCCUGCAACUACCUCCCAUCACCAUGAGAGCGCUGUGCCUCGUCCUGCUGGGCCUGCCGGCUCUCCUGGUCCAGGGCCAAUACAGCAGGUUUGAGGGCAUUACCUACCCGGAACCGGUGCAAUACUCCCAGUACGACCAGCAGGCAGAAAUUCAGGAUUACUACGACUACCACGAUGUGACCCCACGCACCCCCGAGGAGCAGUUUCGCUUCCAGUCCCAGCAGCAAUCCCAGCAGGAAGUUGUGCCAGCGCCGACCAUGGCUGCUGUCCCCGAGACUGAGCCCACAGAGCCCGGACCUUUGGACUGCCGGGAGGAGCAGUACCCCUGCACCAGGCUCUACUCCGUCCACAAGCCCUGCAAGCAGUGCCUGAACGAGAUCUGCUUCUACAGCCUCCGCCGGGUCUACGUGAUCAACAAGGAGAUCUGCGUCCGCACCGUGUGCGCCCACGAAGAGCUGCUGCGGGCCGACCUGUGCCGUGACAAGUUCUCCAAGUGCGGCGUGAUGGCCACCAGUGGGCUCUGCCAGACCGUGGUCACCUCCUGUGCCCGCAGCUGCGGGGGCUGCUGAAGCCCCCCCCCUAACCUCGCCGGGACGCAGCCCGGCUCCUCCACCUGGUGCUAUAAAGGAACCGUGCAUGAAUGAG